AGUGGCCGGGUUAGUGCCUCGCCUCCUCCACCAUGUCGCUGCUCCGGUCACUCCUGUCCCUGGUGGUGGUGCUCUGCGCCGCGCCUCUCUGUGCGGCGGAGUGGCCCUGUCCGCUCGACAGUGCUAUCGCCCCUUGCGUAUGUAUUGCCGAUAGUUAUGAUUUAAUCAUGGACUGCUCCGAUGUCACAUCCACUGACCGGCUGGAAGAAGUAUUCCAGACACACUUCGCCUUCAGUGACUUCAAGCGACUCAUCAUCAACCCCACAUUCCCCUCCAAUUCCCUGGUGAUCCUGACUGACGGCAUAUUUGGUUCAGUGAACUUCGAGGAGAUUGACAUCACCAACACGUUCAUCCAAACGGUGGAGGAAGAGGUGCUCGUCAACUCCCAUAUCACGCUUUGGCGACUCAACAUGGGAGGAAACGAAAUCAACAGCUUCCCUUUCGAGACGCUGGACCUGUUCACGAAGCUCUUGGAAUUGGACUUGUCGUACAACAAGCUGUCAGGGCCCAUGAAGGACAUCGAGACGGAAGGUCUCAUCUCCCUCGACUUGUCCGGCAACACGGGCCUCACGCUCACCCAGACGGCCUUCACGGGCACUCCCUAUCUGGAGCAGCUGCGCCUCAACAACAUGGGUCUGGGCGACACGACGCCGCCCAACGUGUUCCUCCCGCUCACGUACCUCAGGACGCUGUACCUGGAGAACAACGGCAUCUCGGGGACCCUCAUCGAGGACUUCAUCAACCCGGAGCUGAAGCCGCUCACCUCGGUGUACUUGGAUGGGAACUCCCUCUCCCAGAUCCACCCUCUGUCCGUGACGGGCAUGGAGGCGGAGGGGACGAUCUCCUUCAGGAACAACUUGAUCGUUUAUCUGUAUCGAGAGGACUGGGAGGGACUCGUGUCUCAGCUCAGCAAUGCAAAUGCCAUCGACUUGAGAGACAACCCGCUGGUGUGUGGGUGUGACCUGGUAUGGCUGGUGCUCGAUGCGGAUCUUAUGGCCAUCUUCCACGCCGAAACCAAGUGCGACGGAGGGGCCUAUAUGGUGGACCUCCCCAUAGACUGGUUCCACGAGCACUGCAGCUGAGCCGCCGCGCCAGCCACCCCUCGCCGCUACUGUCUUCACCCCAGCCACGCGCCCUCACGAACUUCCUCUACACGAGUCGAAUACGCAGUACUUCCUCCAAGUUCUAUAGUUUUAAUUACUCAUGAAAGUGUCUGUAAAUGAUUUUCGCAUGGUGAUGUUUCAUUAUUUUUGUCAAUAUUUUCAGGAGGUUUCGUCGUAUGUAUUUUGUCGUUAAACAGCUGUAGUAUUUUUUUUCUUGUCCUCGUUGAUGUGUUACUAUUCUCCCCGAUAAAUAUCCUUUCUCCUCGGAAACCACCCAUUCAUCCUUCUCCAGGGAAUAGGUUGUACUCCCCUGGUCAUUGAAAAGUGUCGGGUCUAACCCUUCCAACACCGCCCAGUAUCUUCAAGUUUAUACCUUCCUGACCUUUAUAAUUAUAUUAUUUAACACAUUGUUUUCUAAAAAUCAGAAUCCUUCAUACAUAUAAAGACGUUUACCAGUGA